AGAAAUCCAGCUAAACAUUUUUUAUAGGAGUACUAUACUUAUAAAAUAACUCGUCGGAGCUCCGUCUCUGAAAUUUGGAGCUCCACAAAAUAUCCGGUGCCGGAGAUGGACCUCGUAGCAUCCCUACAGUCGGAACUCGAGACUCUUCGAAGCAGGAUUAAGGAAUUGGAAUCCGAAAAUGUUAAAUUAUCUGCCCGGCUCUCGCAUUGCAGUUGUCAAGAGACAAAAGAGAAAAGUAACGGCAGCCUUGUGAAGAACGGAGUUUUGGAUGGUCAUGGAAAGAAGAAAGAUAAGCUCAGAGAUUUAGGCUGUGGCGCAAUGGUUAUGCAUCAGUUCCCAAAAAGAUAUGUCGCUUUGAAAGUCAUGUAUUUUGGUCCAAGGUUUUAUGGUUUUGCUUCGGAGGCUCAAAUGGAUCCCACUGUUGAGGGUGAACUUUUCAAAGCUCUAGAGAGGACAAGACUGAUAUCUGGAGACAAGAGGGAAUUGCAGUACUCAAGAUGUGGUAGAACGGACAAGGGAGUUUCCUCUGUUGGUCAAGUGAUUUCUCUCUUCUUAAGGUCAAAACAUAGGGAGUCAAGAGGAGACAAUAAGUAUUCUGGGGAAAUUUCUGUUGAAGAAUCUUGUGGAGAAAUGGACUAUGUGAGGGUACUAAAUCAAGUUCUGCCAAAUGACAUUUGCAUUAUGGGCUGGUCUCCUAUUCCAGUUGGUUUCAGUGCAAGGUUCAGUUGUUUGAGCAGGGUGUACAAGUACUUCUUUUGGCAUGGGAAUUUGAAUAUAACAGCAAUGGAAACUGCUGCUGAGAAAUUUUUAGGGGAACAUGAUUUCAGAAAUUUUUGCAAAAUGGACGCGGGCAAUGUGCACAACUACCGGAGGCACAUAAUAUCAUUUGAAAUUCUCCCCUUUAGUGAAAGUUACAAAGCUGAUCAACUCAUGAUUAUGAAAAUCAAAGGUAGUGCUUUCCUUUGGCAUCAAAUCCGGUGCAUGGUUGCUGUACUAUUUCUGAUUGGCCAGGGUCUUGAGUCCCCUAAUGUAAUAGAUGCACUUCUGGAUAUUGAAAGAACACCACGCAAACCUCAGUUUCUAAUGGCUCCAGAGAUACCUCUAGUUCUUCAAUCGUGUGAAUUUGAAGGUCUCAAAUUUAUUUGUUCAUCAGAUGCAAAGCAGGCUUUGAAUGAACAUUUGGAGCGGGAAUGCCGAAGUUAUAAACUUCAAGCCGCAAUUUUUCAUGAAGCUAUCAUAAGCACUUCUGUUGAAAUUGAUGACAAUAUAUCAAGUGAGCGUACUAAGAAGAAAGAAGCUUCCUACACUCCUCUACUGUCUCGACCAACUGAGCCAUCAUAUGAAGAGCGGCGUAAAAAGCUGGAUGCAGGAGUUAGAAAGCCUAGAUAGGAAGUGAAUUUUGGGAGACGAAAUAAAUGAGGGUGCCAAUGGUGUUUGUCUUGUAAUAUUAUCUUGUUGUAACAUUAACUUGUAACCUGCAUUUAGCCUACCGUGUAAUAGGGAUUGUACUUCUAUUGCCCUUCACCUUAAAUCACCAAUUCGUUUUGCUCGUGUUCUAUUUGCAA